AGUCCCCCUGUUAAAAAAGUGCUAAAAAUGUGGCCAAUUGUGUGACGAAGCAAGCAGCAGCAGUUGGUGUAUGCAUACUAAAUUGGAGAUUCCCAAGUUUUGCAGUAUUGGCGAGAUGUAAAGUCCAUUGUUGUUAUUAUAUCGUGGUGGUGGUGGAGUUGAGAAUUGAGUCACCAGUAGUAGGAAGUUCAUCGCAGAGAAAGUACACACACUCUGCACUCGCUCACUAAAACUAAAUGGUAGAAGUAGAGAGGAGAUAAAAUAAUUUAACCAUUGCUGCAAUUUUUGGUUGGGUAAUAAUAUCUGCUACGUAUAAUAAGUAAUUACGUAUCGUGUUGUACUUGCUGAACUAAUUAUCGCGUAAUUCAGAGUUUGUUGUAAAGUUAAGUGAGGUAGUUUUGGUUCGUUCUUGGAAAAACCGUUAAUUUUUUUUCUUCUCGAGUUGAGUUGGCCUUGAUUGGAUUGGAUUGGAUUUUUAGUGAAAAGUGGGUAUUGGGUUUUUUGCUGCGGAGGAGCAGUUUUGGGAGGAAGUCACGUGUCCCACUUUAGUAAAUUGCCAAAGUUGUAAAGAUAGGCAAUUGGUAGGAUAAGUUGGGUGCAUUAUUUGUGGGAAGACUGAUACGAAAUGGAUCCAGCUGACGUGGAAAGACUUUUGGAUUUUUCUGCCGUCCCCAAGUUUUCGAGUUCACAGGAUGAAAUUGAAUUUUGGCGACGGAAGGCUUGUAGUUUGAAGAAAGGGUAUGAAGAGCUAAAACAGGACUUUGAAGAGUAUCAGGAAGACUCGAAAACUUUAGAACAAGAACUUGAUACGCAGUUGAAGCAAGAAGAACACAAAACUAAGGAGUUGACUGCCUGUGCGAAUCGUCUUCAAAAUGACAACGAAAAUUUACGCUCCCGACUUGAGCAAAUGACUGCUGAACACAAUGCCAGAACGGCAGAGUGGACAACGGAAAUUACAGCUUUUAGAGAGACUGGAGAAGAAAUCAACCACUAUGUCAGACAACUAGAACAGAAGAAUGAUGACUUAGAAAGGUCAAACAGAGCCGCAGCCAUGUCCAUUGAAGACUUUGAAUUGAAGCUCAAUCAAGCUAUAGAACGAAAUGUAUAUUUAGAAUCUGAAUUAGAUGAAAAAGAUAAUUUAAAAGCAAUGGUCCAGCGACUAAAGGACGAGACUAGAGAUCUCCGUUACGAACUGCAAGUAACGAAGCAAACGGCGGACCAUGUAGAUUCGAAUAGAUUAGAAUGUACACCCCCACCAGCCCCGUUUAAUCUUGCAAAGUCACAUCAAGCCACGCUGAGUACACCAACAUCAUCAUCAAAAAUGAGUCCACUUUCCAUUGUGAACGAUUUGCUACGAAAAGUUGGGGCCUUGGAAAACAAAUUAACUUUGUAUCCACGCAAGGAGGAUGGAAGUUUGCGAAAAGGGUCAAAAUUGAGUGACUCAAAAAAUCUACAAAACAAGUUUUCUUGUUUGUCUUGAUCUCAGGACAGGAGGAAAACAACCACGUCGAAUAUCAUCUUCUUCGUCGUCGCAAGUUAAAGAAGCCAUCAAAAUAUGAUGUCCUUGUAUUAAUUACCAGCAAUUAUUUCUUCUUGCCGUUCUUCCUUCGUCCGCCGUUAUACAUAAUGUAAUUUCUUCAAGAUAAUACGCGAUUUCUUCCCCUCUAAUCUGUAAUCAUCGGUCAGUCAUCAGCAAUGUCGUACGUCAAUCUAAUUCUCUCGUCAAGUUUUCUAACAUUAGAAGUUGAAAACUCUAAACGUAUCCGAGAAAGCUUAUAGUUUUUCUAAAAAUACUAAGACUGCUAUGUUGUAGUCCUCUAAACUAAAUUCUUACCGAGUGCCUAAAAAGUUUGUAAAUUUACUGAUAAUUAACUCUACGCCAAGCACCCGUCGUCCAGAGAAGCUUUAUUUAAAAGUUUUUUUCGUUCGUCUUAUUAUUCUCAGGUUGUCUGUUAUAUUACUAAAACUCGAAACCAGUCAAACUAUUAAACUACUAAACAAUCAAUGCAGGUUUAAUUAAAAAUAUUUAUUUUUUAGUUAAUCGUUUUGUUCAAUAUAAGUACUUACGCAGGAUAUCAUCAUGAUCGUUACUUAUUUGUAUUUCGCUUAGUAUUCCGUGAGGUAAUUUUUGUAAAUUUGAAUUCUUAACUUUGUGGAACGCAAUGAAAAGCGGAGCAAGCAAAACAAAAGCAAUAAUAUUAAUAGUUUAGCUCUCCAGCAGAAAGUGUUCAAGUUUGGAAAAUAGAAUUGAUGUAUUACUAAGUUGGGUAGAAAUAUCAAGUGUGCUUAAAAUAUUUGAUUCAUGUUACCAACUUUGGCAUUAACAGUUUAUGUAUGUCCUUUAAAAAUCAAAACAAUUAACUUAUAUUUAUAAUUCUGAAAAGAAUGCUACGAUUAAAAAUUAUAGUGACUCUUGCAAAUAAUAAUUACGUUUGUCAAUUAGUAAAAUGGGUGGAUUCAUGAAAAAUUUGUUUUAUUGGUCUAACGAAAUGUAAAACCAACAAUCUGUUGAAAAAUGUGAUGUACAAGAAUUGAAACUUGCACAAAGCAAACAUUAAAGAAUAUUUUUGGAUAAUGGAAAUGUGAAUUCAGGAACUAACUAAAAAAAGACGAAAUAAAAUAUCUUACUGAAUUACAAAA